ACAGGUUUCCCCAGUGCCUAGACGUUUUUCUAGGGUGGUUGUCAAAUAUGAAGGUGGAGGUGCAAUUCGUGCGAAAAAAUGGGCGACUGCAUUCUUGGCAGUAGCGACGUAAAUAGCUUGAUAAAUCGCAUAUUUUGGUGUUGUUUAUGCUUUUCAAUCGUCUUCUACUGUGUUCGCAAGAUUGUGCAGGCCCUCCUGAAAACCUCAAAUACCCCACGAUACAAAUGGCAUCCAACAUUUCGGCAUAUCUGGAACAUCUCCUUCUACAGUGGCUCAACGGUAUUCCUUCAUUUCUACCAUAAGACUUUCAUAGCGCCAGAAAUUGAGAAGGAAGUUCGUCACUAUUUCCCAAAAUACGAAAACCUCCUCCUAUUCCAGCCAAACGAAGACACCACCAAAUUCAAUGAUAUCUUUGUCAUUGUCAUCACCUUCCAUCUCAUUGCAAUUGUGCUGGAUUUGCGCGAAUGUGAUUAUUCUGAGGCAGCUCAGCGCGUGCUGUUUUCCUCUGUUCUCGUGAUAUUUUACUUCUUUAGGUAUGAACAUUACUUUGUAUUAUUGAAUAUAAGCGUGGGACUGAUGGGAAUUGCAACGGAAGUGCUCCUUCUGUCUGCCCUGCACACGUCCACUUCGAGAGAUAUUCUCUUCAUCCUAUACGCCACUUGCCGCUUUAUAACGUGGUCCUAUGUCUUCCUGAACCUCAUGCCAUUUAAAUUCCUGCUGCCGACACUCUAUGUCAAGAAUUUCAAUGCCUGGCUCAACAUCUUCUCGUGGCUGUGGUAUGGAUCGUGUGUAUGGAAUUCCCCUAUUCUGCAAUUUAUCUACCAUCAGACGUUUCAUAUUGCGCCCAUUGAGUGCAUUGGGGGUGGAAAUGUGGCCAAAUGCAUCAUGCUCAAGGAUUCACCGGAUGUCAGACACUAUAAAACACUCCAGAAAUCCGUACUUGAAGUCAAAUUGGCCGCUGAGAAAACUAAUGGGAAUGCUGCUCAAACGGAAAGUUCAUCAGCUCGAACAUUUCAGACGAUAAAAUGCAUGAUGACACUGAAGCGAAAAUUGAGGCGAAUACGGGAAAAUCGUGAUGGAAAAAUGAAAAAUGACGAAAAUUCAGGGGAAGAAGAUGCUGAUGGAUCGAGAAAAGUUGAUGAAAAUGGGACAAGUGGGGAGAUUUCUGCAAAUUUGGACAAGUAGCAAUGGGACUCUGACGUGCACGCUUUACAAGUAAUUUAAUUUUAUCUCUAUUUAAAUAAGUUUAUCUUGUUCUUUAGUGUUUUGUCGAUACAUCUUCUAUUGUGACUGUAUAUAUUUUUGUCUGCAAAAUGACGAAGAAGAAGCCAUUUUUAUUCCCACAAACGCAAGAAGAAGCUUAAAGAUGCCACCACAAUAAAAAAAAUAAAUAAAAAUAAAAAUGAAAAAAAAACCAUAAA